UUCGGCACCUUUAUGUCUCAUGCUUGCUCACAAAGACGGCUUCUCCAUGAAAGGAGUCAUCUUCCUGGCCAAAGCACGCCACCAUCCAUACACCGAAAGAAAGGAGAAGUAUUCGCUGUCACCUACUUUGCUUGGAAAUCAAGGUUAAGUUUCCCGGGGGUGGGGCACUUCCGGGCUGCGUUCCCGGCAACAUAAGCCGAGAAUAUUGGCGGGAAGGCAGGACCAUGAUGCUGGUGGUGGAGGUGGUGGACGCCCAUGAUCUUAUGCCCAAGGACGGUGAAGGCUCAUCGAGUGCGUUCGUGGAGGUGGACUUUAGCAACCAGCGUAGCCGAACUCGAACCGUUCACAAGGACCUCAACCCCGUGUGGAACCAGAAGCUCUCCUUCCGCCUCCACGACCCUGACAUCCUCCCCAAGCAGAGCGUCGAGGCCUGCGUGUACAACGAGCGCAAGACCUUCCCUAGCCGCAAUUUCCUCGGGAGGGUGAGAGUACACGGCGCAAACAUCGUCAGGCAAGGUGAGGAAAUCCUUCAAAGGUUCCAGUUGGAGAAGAAGUGGCUUUUUUCUUCCAUCAAAGGUGAUCUUGCACUGAAACUCUACAUCUCCCCUGAACCAAAGUCUCCUCCGCCUCUUCCACUUUCUCCCACAAACCACAACUGUCCAACCUCUGCUGUCACUGAAUCUGAUACCAUUACCAGCAAGACAACCGCCACUAAUAGCACAAUCGAUCCUGCUGCUCCCACCGAAGCCCUUGCAGUUGAAAGUACUUCUUUAUCCACUGACCCAAAGCCAGCUGCUACUGAAGAAGCAGAGUUGAACCAAAGACCAACUGAAGUGAAGCUAGAGACCACUUACUGCAUCAACAAGCAUCAGGUCUCGCCGCAGCCGGGGAAAUCCGUCGAGCAGCAGAGCCCUGCCACUGUGCCUGUGGUGCCGAUCAUGGCAUUCCAGCAAGUCCACUACGGGCAGGCCCAGCCGAGUCGCGCAGAGGAGUACAAGCUCAAGGAUACCAGCCCCCAGCUCGGGGAGCGGUGGCCGCAUGCGAGGAGAGUGGGAUGGAUGGGCAUGGUCGGCGGUGGCGACAAGCUCACGAGUACCUAUGACCUCGUCGAACAAAUGUCCUACCUCUAUGUGCGCGUUGUCAAGGCCAAGGACCUGCCCCCCAACGCCAUCACCGGCAGCUGCGACCCUUAUGUCGAAGUGAAGCUGGGUAACUACAAGGGCAUCACCAAACACUUCGACAAGAAAAGCAGCCCUGAAUGGAACCAGGCGUUCGCCUUCUCCAAGGAGCGCAUCCAAUCGACGGUCCUCGAAGUGUAUGUGAAGGACAAGGAGGUGGCGGCACGGGACGACUACAUCGGCAGGGUGGUGUUCGAUCUCAAUGAGGUGCCGACGCGAGUGCCUCCUGAUAGCCCAUUAGCCCCCCAGUGGUACCGGCUGGAGGACCGCAGGGGGGACGGCAAAGUGCGGGGCGAGAUCAUGCUGGCGGUGUGGAUGGGGACGCAGGCGGACGAGGCCUUCCCGGAUGCGUGGCACUCUGAUGCGGCCACCGUGCAAGGCGAGGGGGUGUCCAACAUCCGGUCCAAGGUCUACGUCUCUCCCAAGCUCUGGUACCUCAGAGUGAACGUCAUCGAAGCCCAGGACGUGCAGCCCAACGACGGAAGCCGCCCCCCGGAGGUGUUUGUCAAGGCACAGGUCGGCAACCAGGUGCUCAAAACCAGAGUUUGUCCCACAAGGACGAUGAGUCCGAUGUGGAACGAAGACCUCGUUUUCGUGGCGGCCGAGCCAUUCGAAGAACACCUGGUGCUGACCGUCGAAGAUCGCGUGCACCACACCAAGGAUGACUUGCUCGGGAGGAUCGUCCUGCCGUUGACACUGUUCGAGAAGCGACUCGACCACCGACCGGUUCAUUCCAGAUGGUUCAACAUGGAGAGGUUCGGGUUUGGGGUGCUCGAGGGUGACCGGCGAAAGGAGCUCAAGUUCUCGAGCAGGAUCCAUCUCCGCGUUUGCCUCGAAGGAGCCUACCACGUGAUGGAUGAGUCCACCAUGUACAUCAGCGACACCCGUCCGACGGCGCGGCAGCUGUGGAAGCAACCUAUUGGGGUACUUGAAGUAGGCAUCCUUAGUGCCCAAGGAUUGAUUCCGAUGAAGAUGAAGGACGGCAGAGGCACCACGGACGCGUACUGCGUCGCCAAAUACGGCCAGAAAUGGGUCCGAACCAGAACGAUCAUCGACAGUGCCAGCCCGAAAUGGAACGAGCAGUACACAUGGGAGGUCUACGAUCCCUGCACCGUGAUCACGCUCGGAGUGUUCGAUAACUGUCAUCUGGGAGGCAACGAGAAGCCCGCGGGAGGAGGUGGAGCAGCGCGGGACAUGAGAAUUGGCAAGGUGAGGAUCCGGCUAUCGACCCUGGAGAUGGAUCGGAUCUACACGCACGCAUACCCCCUCGUCGUUCUCCAGCCAUCCGGGGUGAAGAAGAUGGGGGAGCUGCACCUGGCAGUGCGCUUCACAUGUUUGUCCCUGGCAAGCGUGAUCUACCUCUACGGCCACCCGCUGCUCCCGAAGAUGCACUACGUGCAUCCCUUCACCAUCGGCCAAGUGGACAGCCUGCGGUACCAGGCGAUGGGCAUCGUGGCAACGAGGCUGGGGCGAGCGGAGCCACCGCUGCGGAAGGAGGCGGUGGAGUACAUGCUGGAUGUGGACUCCCACAUGUGGAGCAUGAGGAGGAGCAAGGCCAACUUCUUCCGGAUCAUGUCGCUGCUCUCGGGGACCAUCGGAAUGUUGCGGUGGCUGGACGACGUGUGCCACUGGAAGAAUCCCAUCACCACCCUCCUCGUCCAUGUCUUGUUUCUCAUACUCAUCUGCUACCCGGAACUGAUCCUGCCGACCAUGUUCCUCUACAUGUUUCUGAUCGGGUUGUGGAACUACAGGUUCAGGCCUCGGCUCCCGCCCCACAUGGACACGAAGCUGUCGUGGGCGGAGGCGAUACACCCCGACGAACUGGACGAGGAGUUCGACACGUUUCCGACGUCGAAGCCGCAUGACCUGGCCCGGAUGAGGUACGACCGGCUCCGGAGCGUGGCGGGGAGAAUACAGACGGUGGUGGGCGACUUGGCGACGCAGGGGGAGAGGUUUCAGUCUCUGUUGAGCUGGAGGGAUCCGCGGGCCACCAGCCUCUUCGUGCUCUUCUGCUUGCUUGCAGCGGUGUUGCUCUAUGUGACUCCAUUCCCGGGGGUGGCACUGAUGGCGGGGGUGUACGUGCUGCGCCACCCCAGGUUCAGGAGCAAGCUGCCGUCAGUGCCCGGCAAUUUCUUCAAGAGGCUUCCUUCGCGGAUCGACAGCAUGCUGUGAGACGAUGAUGCCGAGUCAAACAACAUAUAAGAUUUGGUAUUGGUAGUGUUAGUAGUCAACUUUGUCGUGGGAUGUUCUGUCAAAUGAUGUGUGGGUUGCUAAAACU